AUGAUUGCACGCUGCAUCCGUGUCAGGAAAAUGUUCUCCGAUGAAACAGCAACUGACCCCUUGAAGAUAUCGAAUAUCACAGUGCUCAUAUACGAGUUCUUUUCACGAACCGCUGAGGUUAUUUGUCGUUACCGAACUUUUCCGGAACAGCUUCGUUCAAAGAAAUUCAAGCUGAAUGCAGCUUUAUGUGUGGCACUAGCCUGA